GGGAAACAAACGAGCCAAAGCACCCCAGAUCUCGGGGGGUUUGGCGCAUACAACCCUUGUCAGCUUACCCCGGAGUCUGGGUCUUUGAACGGCAUGCCCUGCGAGAGUCACUUUGUAAACCAUGCCGCGCCAAGUAGGACGUCGUGAGACGAGCCGACACUCCAAAUGAUUAAAAAGAGCAUCGAACCCCAACCGGUCGAUUGAGGCUUUCGUCUAUCAUCAAGGCCCAAUUCUGCUUCUUCUAGACUUCCCUUGGAUACCUCCAUAUCGUAGGUCAGCAACAGCAACUCGACGACUAUCAAGAACGUCAACAACAAGAACAACAUCACCAGCAUAACAGCAUCAACAGACAUGGGUGGUGUAGGCGCUGCUGGAUCGGGUGCCGCUGAUCCCAUCAUCACCCGUCUCGCCAACGAGGACAGGGUCCGAUGGUACAAGAAGCCGAACCUGCGAUUCCUCUACUUCAUGCUCUUUCCAACAUGUAUGGGCAUCGAGUUGACCUCCGGCUUUGACUCGCAGAUGAUCAAUGCCCUGCAGAUCGUGCCUUCGUGGGUUACGUUUUUCCAUGAUCCCAAAGAUGCGCUUAAAGGAAUUAUAGCUGCGGCCUACUCGCUCGGCGCCAUCGUUUCGCUCCCGUUUAUCGGCGUGGUUAAUGACAAGUUCGGCCGCCGCUGGUCUAUCAUGGGCGGUUCCAUUAUCAUGGUCAUCGGGGCCUUGAUCCAAGGCUUCUCCGUCAACGCUGGGAUGUACAUCGUAGCUCGUCUGAUUCUCGGAUUCGGCAUCCCUACGUGCAUUGUAUCCGCCUCCUCCCUGAUCGGCGAACUGGCGUAUCCGAGGGAGCGACCGGUUCUUACAUCGCUCUUCAACGUGUCGUAUUUCGUUGGCCAGAUUACCGCGGCCGCCAUUUGCUUCGGCACGAACAAUAUCGUCACCAACAUGGCGUGGAGGAUUCCUUCCUGGCUGCAGAUGUGUCCGUCGCUGCUUCAGAUUGCCUUUGUCUUUUUCAUCCCCGAAUCUCCCCGUUGGUUGGUCCAACAGGACAGAGUGGAAGAGGCCUACGAUAUCCUCGCUAAGUACCAUGCCGAGGGCGACCGCGAGUCCGAGUUCGUCAAGGCUGAGUUCGCUCAGAUCCAGGCGACUAUCACCAUUGAACUCGAGCAUUCUAAGAAGUCGUGGGGUGACUUGAUCGCUACGGCGGGGAUGCGUCGACGCAUGUUGAUUAGCUGCAUGCUCGGUCUCUUCACCCAAUGGUCCGGCAACACUCUUAUCUCCUACUACCUCGGCGACCUCCUCGGUAUGAUCGGCAAGAACGACUCGAUCUUCAAGCAGCAGAUCAACGUCGCAAACUCGUGCUGGCAACUGGUCUGCGGCACUUUUGUCGCCUUCCUCGUCACCAGGUUCAAGCGGCGCCACAUGUACCUCGCCUGCACCAUGUCGCUGCUGUGCGUGUACAUCGCCUGGACGAUCAGCAUGGAGCGCGCCAUCGUCGGCAAGGAGUCUGGCCACCCGAACAAUGCGGCGAACGUCGCGACUAUCUUCUGGAUCUUCGCGUACUCACCUUGCUACAAUAUCGGGUAUAAUGCCUUGACUUACACUUACAUGGUCGAGCUCUGGCCGUUCGCCGAGCGGUCCCGCGGCAUCGCAUUCUUCCAGCUCUUCGGCCGCCUCGCCGGCUUCUUCACCACCUUCGUCAACCCAAUUGGACUGGCGAACGUCGGUUGGCGGUACCUCAUCUCGUACUGCUGCUUCCUGUCGUUCGAGAUCGUAUUCAUAUACUUCAUGUUCCCUGAGACGUUUGGUAGGACGCUGGAGGAAUUGGCUUUCUUAUUCGAGGACAAGGCACUUGCCGAUGAAGCUGCCCACGCUGUCGAGAAAGUGGUCGCGCACCACGUGGAGCCCGUUACAAGUACCUCGGAAGGGAAGCGAGAAGGGAUUUAG